AUGCUCCUGGCGCUGGCCGCUACGAUCCAGCUCUCGUCGGCCGAGACAAUCCUGGGUGCAUAUGUUUUCCAUCGCCAUGGCGAUCGCACCGCAAAGAGCACUCCUCCUUCGUCUCUGACCGACCUGGGGUAUGUUGAAGUGAAUGGUCACGGAUCGUACUACAACUCCCGCUACAUUGCAAACUCCUCGGCAGCCCGCAUCCUAGGCAUCGAGAGCGACGUUGUUAAGCUCUCUCAACUUGCUGUCUCGUCGCCAUCCGACAAUGUCCUGCAGAACUCGGCCGCUGGCUGGCUUCAAGGUCUUUAUCCCCCGGCCGGCUACGCCUCAAACCAGACUCUUCGCAACGGCAGUAAAGUGGAAUCUCCUUUGAAUGGGUUCCAAUUGAUCCCCAUCUCAAUCACUUCAACGAACGGCGGAAGCGAAAACUCACAAUGGUUACAAGGCGCCACAAACUGCCAGAAUGCAGAGUCGAGCAGCAAUGACUUUUUCAAUUCAGAUCUCUUUAAUUCCUACCAGUCUUCGUCCCUCGACUUAUACCGCAGCGUUUCUCCGGCUGUGAAUGGGACAUUUAACGAAAGUCAAUUGACCUUUAAGAAUGCGUACACAAUUUGGGAUUUACUCAAUGUCGCCUUGAUCCACAAUUCAACAGACUCUAAUCCCGCUCUGGCUGAUGUCAGCACUGACACGAUGCACCAGCUAUUCCUGCUCGCCAACAUCCACGAGUACAACCUUGCAUACAACUCCACGGAUGCCGUUCGUGCCAUCUCUGGUGCUGUUCUGGCCGGCCAGGUCCUGACGGCCCUCAACUCUACCAUUACCGGUAACGGAAAAUCCAAACUCAACGUCCAAUUCGGAGCAUACGGCACAUUCUUGUCAUACUUCGGCCUUGCUGGCCUGCCUCCUACAAACGCAAUCUUCACUGGCAUCCCUGAUUAUGCCUCCAGCAUGGCCUGGGAACUAGUCACCAACGCAACUGUUUCGGCCAAUGGCGACUUCCCGUCAACCUCGGAUAUCAGUGUGCGCUUCUUGUUUAACAAUGGCACAUCCUCCUCUUCCGCCGAUCUCACUCCCUACGCCUUGUUCGGUGGAUCCUCUAUCGAAAUUCCAUGGGAUGAUUUCGUGUCCCAAACGCAGAAAUUUGCCGUGACAGAUCAGCAACAGUGGUGCAGCCUCUGCGGUAAUACUGAUGGUGCUUGUGCCAGCAACACUACCUCGUCUGGAUCUGGAUCCUCGACCCCUGCAGCAGCAUCAAGUUCGAAUGGGUCGGGAAUUUCGACGGCCGUUGCAGGCGUCAUUGGUGCUAUGGUUACACUAGGUGUCAUCCUAGGUCUGGAGGCUCUUAUCUUGCUGCUCGGUGGAUUGAGACUUGUUAAGAAGGGUGCUUCUGCUGCUGCCCUUUCUACAAAUGGUGCAGCCGAGAAGUGA